ACCUUUGACGUAGUAGUUGCAACGUCGGCUGCACGUCUGCUUCUCGUGGUUGUGCUUGUGUAGACCCCUUCAACACGGGGCUAACAAAUGUCGUGUGAAGGAAUUAUUCAGUCUCAGAAAGACAGCGGGCAAAUUGAAGACGUCAAUGCAAAGACAGAAGACAGUGAAGCAUACUUUCAAAUAAACUUGAAUUACAAGUGUGCAGAUAUUUGCCAGGACGUUGAUUUUAAUAACCAAGAUGUCUCGUCUCCACUCAUCAAUAUACAGAAUGUGCGUUUAAUUCCGACAAAUUCGCCUGAGCAGGAAAAUUCUGAUUGUAAAACCGCCGAAUUACUGGUUCAGGAUACCGGUAGUUGUUCUGGCGAUGUAUGGUUGAAAUCGAACGUGGCGAAUGAUAUUGACUGUCUUCUGAGGAGUGAAUCUACAAAAACCGCCUGUAGAUUAAGCGCAGAGAGUAAUAAUGCUGUUCAUGCAGACCUUACUCGUAAAAAGUAUGUUGUCACGACCUCAUCAGAUGGACUUUUGUCAUUCGACCUGCUUGCAGAUUUACCAGAAAAUACAGAAACUCCUAGCAAUAGUCAAAACAACAGUGAUAGAAUUUUGACUUCACCUGAAGAUGAUGCAGGCUCGGUUACGACAUUAUUGGAAAGAGGCGAUGACUUGGAGCAGGGAAGACUGACAGUACCGGACAGAAAAAAGCGUAGAAGCGACUUAGAUAAUUCAUCUGUGCAGAUUGUUGCCCUUUCAUUAUCCGACACAGGAAGCGAAUGUUCAGAGGAAUCUUAUGCGAAAGAGAAAAGCAUAGUUAAAGACUUGACUUGUAAAAUUGCCUUCCAGGACGUGUUGAAGGACAAACUCGAAUGCCAAAAUGGCCCUGUUUGCAGGAAAUACGGAACAGAAUUUGAUACUUCUAAAGAUAUAGAAGAUUUGUCGGAAUUUAAUUUGUUUACGUUUCCUGUCGAUUCAGUAUUUCAGAUUGAUGCUAAUGAUGACGUUAACAAUUUGCACGUUUCAUCUGAUCACGAGGAAGAUGAAAACAUAACAUUAGAGAAAGUCGAAACAGAAGUAACUAAAACGUGUGAGGCACAACCGAUUACAAUACUCACAUCCUCAUUGUCAAGUAAUGAAAUUUCCAAUACGCGGGAAAAGCAUGCGAAGAAUUCGGACACCGUCGAAGGUGAAGAGAACUUUGUUGCCUUUAGUACGACAGGUCAAGCGUCUCGGGAGCGAAAAUCGCAUAAGCAAGCCACUAUUUCAUCACAGAGAAUGCUAUCAGAAAAUGUACGUUUUCCCAGGAAGAAGACAGUAGUUACAAUUUCUACAGAUAACACCAAAAAUACUGCAGACAUUCCGGUAGUUAUUGACACUUCUUGUGAGGGACAAGUUUUUACAGGAAAAUCAGCGAAGUUAUUAGACGUUGUCUCACUGUGGAAUACCGAAAAAGCAAAUAGUUCUGUACCGUUCAAAGGAAGUAAUACAGGACACGCUCCAAAUGACGAAUAUCCUGUACAGCUUCCCACAGAAGUAGAAAGUAGUAGUAGAAGUGGUGUGUUGAAGACCUACAGCAAAUCUGCACAUAGUGAAGAUUCAAAACCUGGCGACCAUGUAGUUGAGCAAGCUUUGGCAGAAAUUGGGAUUUCAGCAGAGGAUUUGUCUCCUAUCACUACGGAGAACGAUCAAAAGUUAUGGGUAUGUCCUGUCAAAUCAUGCAACAAGAUAUUUCCCAGAUUGUGUAUGCUCCGCAUCCACAUACUCUGCCAUUAUGGAAUAAGGCCAUACAAGUGUGACUAUCAGGGGUGUGAAUGGUCAUUUUACACUUAUUUCAAAUUAAAGAGACAUAAAGAAACUCACUUAAAGAAAAAGGACUACAUGUGUCCAGUGGAUGGUUGUGGACGAUGUUUUACUACUAUUUACAACUUGAAUACACAUGUAAAAUUACAUGAGCGUCCCGCAGUAAUGGUUUGUCCUGUUGAAUCCUGUGGUGCAAGAUUUCAAACAAAAAGAAGCAUGGAAGUUCAUAUGAGAACUCAUGAUAGUCUUCAUGCUCCAUACAAGUGCCCAUUUGAAGGUUGUGGCAAGCUAUAUUAUUCAUCAAAUUGCCUUCACUCUCAUUCUCGUGUUCAUCUGCAUAAAGAAGAAGAACUGCGCUGCCCAUGGGAAGGUUGUGGAAAGCUAUUUGAUCAACCUUGUAGACUAAAAGCUCACAUGAGGAUACACACUGGUGUCAAGCCAUAUAAAUGCACAUUUAAGGACUGCACCUGGGCAUUUGAAAGUGCAAGCAAACUGAAGCGCCAUCAAUAUAAGCAUACUAAUGAAAGGAAAUACCACUGUAUGAUGGAUGGAUGUGGCAAGUCUUUCUUACGAUCAGAACACUUAAAGGAACACACACUAACACACAUGCCAGAAAGAACUUUCAAAUGCCCUGUUGAAAAUUGUGGCCAGAAAUUUUCAGCAAAGAGUAGUUUGUAUGUUCAUGCUAAAAAACAUAAUGCUUCAAAAGGUGACCAGCAAGCAAAAGCAACUUUUUGUUGCCCCAUUGAAAAGUGUAAUCGCAGUUAUUCAAUGAAAUCUAGUUUAAGGCAACAUAUGCUGAAAAUCCAUACACCAGUUUUAGAAGAUACCACCCAGCUAGAGUACAUAACGUUAUUAACAUCAAAUGAUGACAGUGGCUCAUUAGAAGGUCUCGAAAUGCUCUCUGAAGAUGGACAGCUUACGUCACCUGGUGGAAACACAUCAGCAAAAGGAAUGAACAUUUUACCACCUCCAUCAUCCCUUAUAACUGCUGAAGGACGGUCGGACAUAAAUGAUCUCAUGAACAAAGAUUUUGGGUCCAAAGCAGGGGAAACCAUGACACAAUUUUUACUGGCACCAACAGAAACGGAGAUAACAGCUACCAAUAUUCAGGGUGUGCAAGAUGAUUCCGGAACAGAGGUCAUAUCAGAUACUUGCUUUAUAGUAACAGCAGCCAGCAUGCCUGUGCCACUGACAGAGGAAACAGUAGUAACAUCAGAAUUCCAUGAGGAAGAAUCCUGCAAAGGAUCUGCACGAACUGAUUUUACAUAUGAAGAUAUAUGUACAUGGAAGAAGCAGAGCAUGAAUCUAGAGGAAGAUGCAGCUUCCAGCUCCAAUGACAGUCCACUGAAGCAGGCACUAAACCCAGAGGUGUGUGCCUCUGAUCCAGAACUGUCUCAAAUUGUUCUUCAGGAUGAAACACUGAAUAUCCAAGUUGACACACAAGAAGAUAAUCUAAUGACAAUAAGUGAUACAUACGGUGAAUAUCAAGUACUAAUUCUUGAGCAACAAAGAAAUGUGAAACAAUUUUCAGAAUCAACAAUUAAUUUGAGAGAUCUUCAAUAAUUAAUAGUAAUUAAGAAACUACAGCUGCAAAGAAGUUUAAGAAGAAAUCAAUUCGUACUGAAUACAACCAAAAAGGGACCAAUGUGUUUACCAAAACAAACACAAUGUGUUACUAGUUUCCUAACAUAUUCACAUGAUAAUGGACAUUCUCUUUAAUUAAACACAAUUUCCACUGAAUACUCAUGUGUUUAUUCUAUGUAUUAGUGAUAUUGAAAUGAUUGAUUGUUUUUCCACCUUUGUAUACAUGCAUGUGAAGCGACUGUUCUAUGUACUUUGACAACUACAAUGUUUGCAAA